GGUGUGCAUGAUGUCAUCAGUGUGCGCGGCACUUGGGGUGGAGGGCGGCGUGGGCUCGGUGGAGAGCGUGAAUGAGAGAAGUGAAGGAACUGCAACUGAUUUCUAUAUUGUAAUUUGAUCAAAAUGUUUCUGGCACUAGAGGGUUGAAUUUUCUUAUGGAGCCAUUAUAAAUAACAAAUGGGUGAGGUUUUGUAAAACUUAAGCACCAGACUGAAACAUGGAGAUGCAGCUAGACCCCACGAAGGAUGACUUGCCCUUAAUGGCCAACACCAACCACAUGAUUGUAAAGCACUAUGUAUUGGACUUGGAUGUGGAUUUUAAAAGUCAGGUUAUAGAAGGAAACAUAGUUUUAUUUUUGGAGACAGGGAACAGAUACAGGAAAGCUGGCUGUACUGGUAAAGAAGGCUGCCAGUCACACCUUAAUGAAACGUGUAAAACUGGGGCAUCAGAACCCUGCCAUGUCUCUGUGUCAAAUGCAAGUGUCUUUUCAUCUGAAGUGGAAUAUAGUGAUUUUGCUAUCUGUGGUAAAGGUGAAAAAGAUACUUCUGAUAAAAAUGGUAACCAUAGCAACGAGGAACAAGCUUCUGGGAUUGCUAGUUCAAAGAACUGUGACACAGAGAGCCAUGGGAACAAGGAUUUUCUGCUGGUAUUGGACUGCUGUGAUUUAUCUGUGCUAAAGGUUGAGGAGGUAGAUAUUGCUGCUGUGUCAGGCAUUGAGAAAUUCAUCAUGUCUGCUGAACUAACUGAUGUUUCAAAGGAGCUGGAAAAUCUCAGAAAUCAGAUUGUACACAAACUUGUGACUUUACCUUCGGAUCGCUGUCAGGAACAGCUGUACUAUUACACUUGCUGCAGCCAGGCACCUGGCUGUGGAGAGCUUGAGUUUACUACUGGCAGCUGGAGCUUGGAGAUAAGGAAGCGGGGAGUUCAGACUCCAACAGACUUUCCUCAUGCUAUAAGAAUAUGGUACAAAACCAAACCUGAGGGAAGAUCUGUUACAUGGACUACAGACCAGAGUGGCAGACCAUGUGUUUAUACGAUGGGAUCACCAAUAAACAACAGAGCCCUUUUCCCGUGCCAAGAACCACCCAUUGCUUUGUCAACAUGGCAAGCAUCAGUCCGAGCAUCUGCAGCCUUUGUUGUAUUGAUGAGUGGUGAAAACUCAGCAGAACCAGUCCAACUUCAAGAAGGUGUCAUGAGCUGGUACUACUAUGUAACUAUGCCAAUGCCAGCAUCCACCUUCACUAUUGCUGUGGGGUGCUGGCAGGAGGUUAAACAGCAAUGCUUCACAGCUGCUACUGAGACAGAAGAUGAGUUUUCCGUGCCAUUUUCACAAGCUGAUUUCAGAUGGCAUAAAGAAAGCUGUGGUCAUGUGGAAUAUCCCUGCCGUUUCCAAAAUCCUGCUGCCACGUUGCAAAGAAUAAUUCCCUAUAGAGUUUUUGCUCCCUUGUGCCUCAUGGAGUGCUGUGAAGAACAUUUACUUCAGCUUAUUCCUCAGUGCCUCUCAGCUGCUUACUCCACACUGGGCACCCAUCCCUUUUCAAGGCUUGAUGUUUUGAUAGUUCCUUCAAACUUUUCCAGCCUGGGAAUGGCUAGCCCACACAUCAUCUUCUUGUCACAGAGUGUAUUGCCUGGAGGGAGCCAUCUCCGUGGAACACGUCUGUGCCAUGAAAUUGCUCACUCUUGGUUUGGACUGGCCAUUGGUGCACGUGAUUGGACUGAAGAGUGGAUAAGUGAAGGGUUUGCCACUUUUUUAGAAGACAUAUUUUGGACUAGGGCUCAACAGCAGCUGUCAUAUGAUGAAGGAAAAGAGCAGCAGGAAUUGAAAGCUUUACUUCGCUGGCGACGACUCAGAGAUGAGGUGCAGAACUCUGAAGAAGAGCUGCAAGUUUUAAGGCCUCACAAGGAGAGUACGGGAGAAGUGAGUGAAUCUGGAGCAUCUGUUGUCAAACAUGGUCUUAAAGAAGAAAAAGUCUUCAUGCAGGUUCAUUAUUUGAAGGGUUUUUUCCUUUUGCGGUUCCUGGCAAGUACAUUAGGAGAGGCUUCAUACCUUGCAUCUUUACGAAAAUUUGUCCAUAAAUUCCAUGGACAGCUUGUUCUUUCUCAGGACUUUCUUUCCAUGCUGUUGGAAGACAUACCUGAACAAAAAGAGUCUGGUUUAACUGUUGAAAGUAUCACCCAGAAUUGGCUUGACACUUCUGGCAUACCAAAGUCAUACAUCAUGACACUGGUCUCACAGAGAUCUGUACUCCUUCACCUAUGCUGUGUAUCCUUUGCCUUCUCAAAUCCUGCCUCCAGUUCUGUCCAGGGAACAGUAUGUAUAUGUAUAUAACUAUGUAUAAAAACACACAUGCACUCCUUUCAACUUGUUUUACACAAUUAGCAAAAUCUUAAUGCAAGUCAAUCUCUUGUUACCAUUAAACUCUCAGAAAAGGCAUUCUGUCUUUUCUAAAUAUUGGGCUAGUUUCCAGACUCUUGUAUAUACCAGUACUAAUCAAGAGUAACUCCAUAUAAGUUAAAGGAGUCAUGCCAAUAAAUAAAAAUGGAAUUUGUCCUGUUGCCAUGAAAGAGAGAAUUCUGCAUGCCAAGUUACACUUCCAGCUUCUGUAUUUUCUAAAGCAUUGAAAGUUAAUCUUAUAAAAAGAGAAUGCAUGGUAAUUCCUGGCCAGUCUUUUUCAUAAAUGGGAGAGUGCCAUGGCACAAUAGUUCUCUUGAAGCUUGCUGUUCAGUAAGGUUUUCCUAUACAACAAGAAAACAACAAGGGUCAUAAGAGAUGAAAAAUAAGCAAGCUUUUCUGAAACACAUGCUGUCAGAAAGAUGUUUUCCUGGGAACACAUUGUGGGAAGGCGAAAUGUCUUGUUGAAAACACCAUUUAUCAAAUCAAGUAUCAGCAACCCUCCAGCAUGUAGUGCUGUCUCAGAAGUGACUCACUGGAGGAUUAUAGAAUAGUUUUAUCAUGCCAAAGGCUAGUAAUGACAUAAAACCACUAACUUCAGUCAGUGAUUUCAGCUGGCAAGCAGUAGAAUCAGAAGAAUGAAACAGCAUUUAGAACAGGAAAACACCUAUGAGCUCACUUAAGUCUACUUUAUUCAUGGCACUGAUGAUUUAUUCUCUGAAGUAUGGUUUCUGUUUCCGUCUGUGUAAUAGAUUUGCUCUAGUUUAUUUGCAGUUUAAAACUAAAAGGCUGUAUGCUUGUGGAGGAUAUGUUCUGCAUAGAUUGUCUUUUAUAGUGACCAUUUACUUAGUGUUAAUUUCUUAUGCUACCCUAACGAGUUAAUCUUUUUAAAAAUGAACUUAAAAUAUUUAGCACUGGGCAUUUCUAAUUGAGUAAUAGCACUAGGUAGUUUCUGCAUCUCAUAAACUCCUAGAAGUACUUUUCUACCUCAUUCUCGUUUUACUACCUUUUUGUUGUCUCUGUGAAGCUGCAUUGUUCAUAGCUUGCUCUUAUUUAUUGGUAAACUUGCUAUCUAUCUUGAGUGUUCCUUGAAUGUGCAUUUGAUUUGGUACCUUGUGUUAUGAAAAUGAUCUUCUUCAGAUUUACUCCCGAGUUGCUGUUUCAUCCAUCUGUUAAACUUGAUUAUUUUUGCCUGUUCCACCUUAAACAGUGUUUCCUGAUUUAAGCAGCAACUACCAACAGAUAUUUCAGAAUACGUGUAGCUUUUUGUGAGCAUCAGAACACUACCACGAUUUCUGAUUCUGAUUGAACAGUGAAAGACAGCCUGCUCUUACAGUACUAAGAAUACUUCUAUUUAAGUAUACAUUUUUUUCCUCUCUGAUCUGUUUGUUGUUGCUGUUGUUGUUUGUUUGUUUUGUAACUAUGGUGAAGGAGUAGCUUAAUCCAUACAUACUAAUGUUUCUUGUAAACCAACCAUACUUCUAGAAAUACAUUGUCAAAAGAAUUCUUGCAGUGGUGGAUAUUCAUUUAUUCAUGCUAUUUCUGGUUUUGUUUAUUCAUGGCUGUUUUUUGGAUCAUCCUACUUGAGGAAAUAGAUUGCAGAGCUAAAGGAAACCCAUAGCAAAACUUCACUGAACUAUUUUUAAAAUUGAAAUAAAACGUAGUGUGUGGAUUUUUCUAGAUCAGUGUAGGUAAUAUCUUUCUGUGAUUUCAUAAUUUUUAAGAGAUGUUCUAGUGGCAGCUCAAGUACUUAAUAAGAAUAAUAAUAUGAUCUAUGAAUAGUAUUGUUUCUAAUGAAGCCAUUUGUUACUAAAAAUGAUCAUGACUUUUGCCCCAGUUACAAACUUUAUAAAUUUCCUGUUCCCUUAUGCUAAGAGAAAAUGAAAAAUGAAAGGAUAGGUCUAUAACAGAAUGCAUCAUAGUUUAGCAGUUACAGUCAAUUAUUAACAAACCAAACAGAUUCAAGCAAUUUUUUUUAAAGAAUGCACUUAUGCUUCUAAAUUAUCUUUAGUAAUUAUUUACUCAAGUUUUACAAAUGGUACUAGAAAAAUUUUCAGCAGAGAAAUUUCAUGCUGGAUCAGAGUAUAAUUUAAGGCUCGGACAUACUAACACUUGAUAUUUCUAGUAGUGCUUUAUUUUGCAAUUUUUCUAUCUAGAUGUGUAUAUAAAUAACAGUAGAUGAGUGGAUAGCAGCACUGAGACAGUAAACAAGAGACACUUGUCUUUGCUGUGAUACAGUAAAUUUGUAGGCACUAGCAGCAAGAAUGACCUACUAAGUAGGAAAGGCUCAUUCAUGCUUAUAAUUUAGGGGGAAAAAUGGGGAAGAGUUACGAAGAGGGAUAAUUUUCAUACUUAUCUAAUUAAGUUAAAUUGUGACUGUUACAAUCAUUUCAGACUUGGUAAUAAGUACUAGUCACAACAAUAAUGUGCUGCUGCUUCAGUUCUGAAGUUUGCUGAUCACCUUAUCUUUGUUUUUUUUAUCUGAAUGAUGAGCUUUUUUUGUCUGUUCUCACACCGUUGCAGAGAAUUACUGAUAUUUGAAGUUUAAUGAGAUGAUAUUUGAGAAGUAAUCUGAAGAAAACAUAAUUGCUACUUAUAAAAGUAAUUAUUCUUGUACAAGGGAAGUACAUAUUGAAGAACAGAUGCUUCCCCAGAAGAAAAAAAAAUGUUUUAUUUUGCUAUUAACCUCCUUGGAGAUUAGCAGAUUAAAAAAUCCUUCCAAAGUCGUUUAAAUUUUAAGUUAGCGUAGAUGAACAAAAGGAAAAUAAGGAUAAUAAGUCAAUAAGGGAAAACUGUGAAAAUGAAUCAUUAAUUAUGUCUUUCUUCAAAAAUAAGCAAAAAUCAACUUCACAUCUGAUUUUCUUAAAGUAAGGGAUUUUGGAAAACACAGUAUAGUACUGUAAUAUGCAUAACUGUCAGUUGAAUAACAGAGGAGAAGAAAAUAGACAAAAAGACAUUCUAUUUAAAUAAUAAUUAUGCAUCUGCAAGUCUUUGCAGAUAGAACAAAGUAGAAAAAAUAUCUUUUUUUGUGGCAAACUAUCAAAAAAUAAUAGGACUUUAUUAUUAUUUAUAAAUAAGGAAGAUUAUUGUCAUGUCAUUAUUAUUAGUCAUAAUAAUAAUAUUAUGAUAUUGUCAUGUCAUUAUUAUUAGAACAUGUCAUUUUAAUUUCUUCAGCUGUCCCUCUAAAUUGCACUUAUUAUUGCUAAACAAGGCCCAACACUGAUAUAUUUUUGCUUGCUGAACAGUUCAAAAACUCAAGAAAAUUGCUUAUAUAAAAUGAUAAAUCACCAAGUUUAUUUCAGAAAUACGUAUUUCAAAUUCAGGCAUAGCUUAAAGUAUUGUUACAGUUUGGGUGAGUUUCGACAGCAUUGCACGUGAUUGCUGAUUUUAGAAGUAAAACACAGACACUCAUGAUAAAAAUAGCAUUUGUAUGAAUUAUUGCAUGAUCCCUUUCUAAAAUUGGAAGGCAGACUUCCUCAGGUUUGGCAUACAUAUUGCUCAGUAACUUGGAUGUAGAAGUUCAUUUUUAAAUGCUACAUUGGAAAAGAUUGGCCAUAGCAUUUCAGUGCCUCCCUUGUCCUAAUUUCUAAAAGUGAUAUUUAAAACAGAAUUUUGGGAACCUUAGUUUAGCCAAUAAUUGAACAAUUCAGAAAAAAAGUCAUGUGGGGAUUUUUACCUGGAAUGCACAUAUGCAGUUAGGCUGAGAAGGAUACUUCACUGGAUUUAGUUGAUGAAUGACCUGCUAAAAUUGGCUUACCCCUCCAGUCAAAAGUCAGAUUUGCACAAAUAUCUUUCUGUUUUCCUUCAUUUUACCUAUCAUCAUUAUGUGUGUCCAGCUCAGAGGUACAAAGUGCAUUUGAAGUAACGUUCCAUUUCUAAAAUAACUGUGGACUGGAUUCCACAUGUUUGUUCAUCAGAAUCUCUUUUAAGUUUAACAAAUCUCCAGCAGUCAUUCUAUUUCCCUUUUUCUAUUUGUACUGCUGAACACAAAAGCUAUGUUAUGUGCAGAAUGACUGAGCUUAUCCCCACUAGAAAGGAGUUAUGUUUGGUAUCUCCAGAACAAUAAGGGUUUGCUGCCUGGUCAAUCAAUGCUGGAUCAAGUUCACAUUCCCAAGCUCCCACUCUCCCAUCUACAUAUGCAGGGGGUGGAAACACAGCAGAGGGAGGAAGGACAGGUCUUUUUUUACAGAAGUGUUGAACAGAGAAUUGUCAAAUAUAGACACAGGUGGGCUUGCACAUCAAUAAACACUGAUUCUAAUUGACUGUAAAAACAUCCUAUGUAAAGAAGUUAGCAACCAAUUAAUUUUUAUUUGGUGGAAACAAUUCUUAGAGAAUUAAAUAUUUUUAAGCUGUUUUGGAAAGAGGAGGCCCCUAAAUGAGUGAAAUAACUGAAAUUUAGAGCCCAUUAUAACUCAUUUUACUGAAUUGCACACAGGAUAUGAAAUAAUAACAGUGAAAUGCUAUUUUAGAAAACAAUGUUUGAGAUAUUUUUAGUACAGGAGAAUGGCCAUGAAGUUGAUGUAAAAACUGUAUUUGACAGGAACAAGUUGCCACCUUCCCCUUUGUAGCAGUUGGGUGCUUUUGAAAGAAAUACUCAUUUUGCUGACUGAAAAAUUGUUCUUUCUGUAGUUAUAGAAAGACAUGCUUGUGAAUGGAAGGAAUUAAUAUGUAGGAAAGGUGCAUCUCAUGCAUAUGUAUAAAUACAUACUAUGUACCUGAAGUCCAGGCAGCCCUCUGUAAUGCUGGCCAGUGUAAUUGUGACCUGUGGAUUCAUCCAGCCAUCUAGUCAGAAACGAAGUGCUCCUGAGGGUUCGGAACCUCACACUGCACUGUUUGCUGGCCAGAGGUGAAGACAGAAUCUCUUUGCUCUGGGGCCUGAUGUUUUUUUUUUUCACACAUUCUGCAAAAAACACCAAACUUCUAAGUACUUCUAGAGGGCAGAUUGUAACAGAAUGCCAUGUAACAAUUUGCUGUCCUCCACCAAAGUUGAUAGAAGCAGUGUAAAGAUCUUACCUUGCUUGUCAUGUCCUUAUCAUUUAGCAGGACUUCCUAGUCGUAAAGAUGUAGAUGAUUAUCACCUUCUGUUUUAUUUGGAGAAAAUACAGCCCUUCAAGAACUGCUCUAGGAUGGGUCCUUCAGCUCUGAGCAGUGACAGGUUCUUUUGGAACAGCUGGAGCUGGCUCUGAUCUGACAUGGGGCAUCUGCUGGGCUCUGCUCACAGAGGCCACCCUGCUACUGAAACAUUGCCACGCAAACCUAAACAGAUUGGGAACCCUUUUCCAGGACACUUUAGCUAUUCUGUUUGCUCUCCUGCUGUCUUCCAGGCUCACAGUGAAACUUAAAUGCCAAAAUGAAAAUGUCUUGGGAAAGGUGGUUUUGAAAGGCUGACAAACCUAUUGGUCAAUAUAAAAAUUAGCAAUAAAAGUCAUGGUUCAACUAAUGGCUAUUUCCUUAGCAUAUGGGUUAACAGCUAACUGGCUUUUGUCUUGAAUCUAUUUCUUUUCUGAAACUGAUGGAAGGGUUUUUGAUUGCUUCAAGGGAUCAGCAAAACUCAGAGGUCAGUACCUCUGAAAGAGGUAUUUUGUUUUUUAAACAAUAAACACAGCAGCUUCAUUUUCUUUGUCUCUUCAUGCCAGAGGAAGAAGGAAAACACUACUUGUCACACGAGUGGUGCAAGACUGUCCAGUAUCCAUGUUUAAGCAUGUUUAUCUUUGUGUUUUGGGUUUGUUUGUUUGUUUGUUUGUUUCCCUCUGUAAUUUCAGGCAAAAAAGGAAAACAACAACAACAGUAACAACAAUAAAUAAAUACAAAGGACUUUGAAAUUCCUAUGUAUUUUAGCCAGCCAGCAACUAUCCAGUUGCUGGAUAUCCAACUAUCCACUGCUCACCAGGAUCUCAGCAGAUAUUAUUAUUUACAUGAUAUAUAAAUUGUAUGUCAUCGUAUGUGUGACAUAUUAUUGUUUAGAAAUAAGUUGUAAGUAUAUUAUUUAGAGGUCAGAGAAACUUUCUUUAUCAGAUUAUGGAUCUGAUCUUGGGCUAAAUAGCUGGUUGCAGGUUUUCAUCUUUAACUAUGAACUCUCUCCCCAUCACGGAGUUGCGAAUGGGUAUCUGAAGGUUGUAUUUUCAGUAUCAUUAUUUGAAAGUCAUGUUGCAGUGUACUGAAAGUACAUCCUCAAAAUUACUGUUUCAACAGGUUUUUAUCUCUUAGAGGUAGAGAUGUUUUCAGGAAGAGCAAGUUUGACUUUAACAUAACAUCUUUAUAGGAGUGUUCCACUAAAGAAUGUUAGAAGCAACAUGCUGGUCUGAAAAGGGUGCAUUUACACCGCCACAGGGAUGUCUGGAGGAAUUUUAGAGCAGUUGAAUUCAUGGUAUCAAUGUCAAUGACCAUUUUUCCUAAAAUACAUGUAGCAUCAAAACAACUUGCUUUACCAUUUCCUUUAAUAAAGUUGUCGUUUAAAAACUGCACACAGUCAGUUGGAUGGCUUUCUGUUCUUAUAUGAGCAUACUUUUGCUUGAUUUCUUUUUCAGUAAUAUUGAUCUGCCAUUGAUAUACUGUCCCUUGGAAGUACAGAUUGCCAUGUGGCUACAACAGCCACUUCACUGUUUUCAGCUGUAGCCUAAGGUCUCCUCAGUCUCUGCCAAAUUCUGGUAACAGUAGCAUUUUUAAAACUUUGAAAUUGUUGCCCAUGAUGAAUACAAUAAAAUCAAAUGUUUCAAACUAUUAGUAAUUGUUUUGUGAGUUGCCAGACAAAAUCCUUUUUUAUAUUUUAAUUUUCUGAACGUUUUUAUGAAGGAUGGUAAAGCAAGUCUCUUAUAUUGAAGUAGAUUUCAGGUCACACAGUCUGUUCUGAUUGCAUGUCUUAAAUCAUAGAAUCGUUAUGGUUGGAAAAGACCUUUUAAGAUCAUCUAGUCCAGCUGUCUUAUUCUCAGUUUCCAAGUAAAUUAAUCUACCAACUUCAACUAGUGUUCUCUUAUGGUUUUGCUAUAGUUCUGGAUUAUAGGAAAACAGUAAUAUGCCUUGCAUUUUAAUGUCGUUUCUUUAAAAUAGUAUUUAUUGAUGUGACAGAAGUGAUGACACCAGCCAGAAAAAAUAGGCGAUAACAUUAAGUUCCAUAAAACAAAACUAAGAUUAUUUUAUGUUAUAUUGGAAGACAGAGAAAGGUACAAAAUUGUAACUUGCAGGCUGGUGAAGACUGUUAGAUUUUCUGGGACCAAACAUGGUAUAAUAGUGAAGUCCCUAGACAUUACUUACAUUUCAUGUAGAUCUAGGUGUGUACUUGUGUAAAAUCCAGUAACAGAGAGAAAAAUCAAAGUUCUAGAAAAUAGAUGCUGGAAAAUAUGACUUGGCUGCUUUAGUUAUUAAUUUCCUCUACUUUGCAGAAACUCUUCUGAAAUUCAUUUACAGUAAAUACACUUAUUAUUCCUUUUUCAAUUAUUUUGCUUUUGCUUUCCAGUUAUCUGAGGAGUUUAAACCAACAAAACAUCAUUGAUUCAAUGUCCACCACAGAUAAGAUGUCCUCCAUUUAUCAAUAUUGAAUGCUUUAGCAUUAGAGCAGCACAGACCAGCUGGGAUUAUAAACAGUUUAGGCAAAGGGAGUGUAUGUGAUUAUAAUGUUUCAUUGAUUCAUGAAAUAUUAUUUGUAGCCAUCAUAGCCUUAACAAUAUGAAAUCAUUUCAUGUUUCAAAUGAAACAGUUGUAUGUUGCAUAAAUAUGUUAUUGUUUUGUAGACUGUGUGCAAUUCUGAAAGUUCAUUGUAUACCUAGAAUCUGGUGUGACGUGAAGAAUAGUUGAUGUGUAAAUCAUUGCCUAUAUUAUGUACUAGGAUAUUGAUCCUGUCUUCGCCCAUUUGGUAGAAAGUGCUACCUCCUCCUCCAUAGUUCAAAAUCCAGUUAUAUUUAAUCCUGCUGCUGCAAGAAUGAAGUUUUCUCUGCAUGCUUUGAGAUGUAUAAAUGCUUCCCAAUCUGAGCGUUACAAAGGACAGCUUCAUUCAGUCUCCAAAAGAAAGCCAGCCCAACGAAAGAACAUAUAGAUUGGACCAAUUUCUUAAUUUCAGUUGUGCGGGGAUUCAGGAGUGACAGGUCAUUGUCAUAUGGACAGAAAAGAGGAUUGUUGGUGAAGGGUGAGGCAGUGGCUCUCCCUGUAAAUUGGACGCCCUUUUUUCUCGUGUUAGCUCUUUCCUUUUUGGAUAUGAAAGAAUACAGUACGAAACCAGUGUUCCUAAAAUCAUCUUUAUUCCAUACCGUCCAUUUUCCCUGUCUUCACUCCCCCUACUUUCAUCUCUUUCCAUUCUCCCUCUCCCCAUUUUUCAAGCAAAUUCUCCUAGUCUGAUCAUGAUCUAAAUCAGUAAUUACCAAGGCAUCAACAAGUAUGGUUAGCAGCUGACAGCACAGCCACUGUGCUGUGUGGCCACAGGCUCAUUAGGCCCACUCUGCUCCUCUCACUGCUUUCUUUAAUUCUGCAAUCUGUUCACAUACUCACAUUAGCUCUUGUCUUCAGUAGCAUUGCAGUCAUCUAAUUAUCUUACAGUAAACAAGUGUUCAAGUUUUGAUAUGUAUGGCAGCCAGUGCCAGAGAACCCCAAAUGUUGCUCCACUAGGCAUAUUACCUUUAUAAAAGGUCAAUAACAGUUCCUGUUGAAUUUCCUUUACUGUUGUACAGUCACUAAUGAGAAAAAUGGGAGCUACUUUUGAGUUUUAAUGCACCUUCUGUUUGUCUGUCCAGGAUUUUUCAUCCCAAGUCAGCCCCGGGGUCUGCUAGUCUGAAAAUCAGUGUCUUCUCCAAUUUUCUCCCCUAGCUUUCUCCAAACACUUGACAGGAGAGAAAGUGUAAUUAUUUGAAGUAUUUUGGAAAAAUAUGUCUCACUGUCGCUAUGACCCAGUCCUUCCUGUAAGAACUUCUGUGGGAACACAUGAUCUAAUCUAUUAAAUGAUUCAAAGGACCGUUGUUUUUUUGUUUGUUUGUUUGUUUGUUUGUUUUUCUCUUCUUUAGGUAGCUGCAUUAAUUUCUGUUGGUACUAACAUUUUUUCUUCAUAUUCUUGUUCAUUUUCUUUGAUUGUGCUACAUCAUUCUUUCAUCAUUCAAACAGUCAGAUCAAGAGACAAUUUGUAGCAGCUUUUCAGAACUACCAUUUAGAAGAAAAUCCACUGUUCUACAACAUAAAAAUAAGUUGUUGACACUGGCUUUAAGUGGACCCGUUGUGAGCGAAAAAUAAAAAUCUAUAAUAAGA